GAUUCCUGAACGCAUCCUUAAACCAUAGACCUUAAGUAUUAUAUACUCUAUGUUCUUCUCUUUUACAACGCGUUCAUGUCAACAUUGUGUGGAGCUUAAUUAAAGCCUAAUUAAUUAAUUUAUGGUUUUAUUUCCAAAUAUAACAAUUGGCGACGAGAUUCAGAACCUGCAGUUUAAAGUGUGAUAAUAAUCAGUGCACAAAAAUUAACAAUAACAAGGUAAAACGCAAAUAAAAGUGAAGCAUCAAAAGUGACGGUGUGAAGUUGGUAACAAUCGUAAAAGCGCCAACGAAUACAAAUAAAAAAAAAAAAAACUCAGACUCAGAACACGGACUAGGUUUGGAAAGUUGCAGUCUACAUGAACGCAGCAUCUGAGUUAAUUAAAACAGGCAAGAGAUCAUACAUCUAUCUCUGUUCAAAGGCAGAAUUACUCCAAAUUUUAACGGAUGAAGGCAUAGAUUGCAACAAAAAUGCUAGUAUCGACACACUUAGAAAGCAGUUAAGUGAACACUAUAAAAAUAAAUCGAAAAUAACAACAGAAAAUAAGCAACACAGAAUGUCGAUGUUUGGCGAAAUAAAGCCGUUUGACGGCGAUAAAUGGGAGGUGUUUGUACAACAGCUGGAAUGUUUCAUAUUAGUUAAUGAUAUCUCUGAUGACAAGAAGGUGCCUUUGCUUAUAACCAAACUAACACCAAAGGUAUUUGAAACAUUAAGUUGCUUAUGUGCACCGAAUAAACCCACAAAACUAAGUUAUGAAGAAUUGUGUACAAAAUUAAAAGAAAAAUAUACAAAACCAGUCUCAACAGUAUUGGAAAGGGCUGAGUUUAGACGAAGAAAACAACUACCACGUGAAAGUAUAGAAGACUAUGCAUUGGAACUUAGAAAAAUGGCAAAUCGUUGUAAUUUUAAAGAUAUUGAUGACCAGUUAAAAGAAAAAUUUAUGGAUGGAGUAACCUCAAAAGUAAUUAAGUUCGAGCUAAUGAAGGGCUCUGCAGAUUUAACUUUAGAAGCCUGCAUACAACUGGCUCGCACAGUGGAAGCCGCUCUUCUCCACACAGGUGAUGCUCCUGAAACCACUGAGGUUUUUUUUACCCAAGAACAACGUAAACCCAAUAUGAGAAUGAAAAUAAAAAAAAAUAACAAUGCUAAUACAGAAAUGCAUUGUUUCUGUUGUGGAAAAAACAAUCACAUUAAGUCACAAUGUUCAUUAGCCAAGAAAUUCUGCUCAGAAUGUGGUCAACAAGGGCACAUAUAUAGGAUGUGCCAAAGAAGAAAACGUGAGGCUCAUGUCCUGGAGGCACAAACACCGGAGGAAGUAAAGGAGGAACCAGUAGAAAAUAUAAGAAACUUAUACGAUGAAACUUAUGCUGUUCACAGUAUGCACGGAGAAAUGUAAAAGAACAAUUCGCAGAGGUGUUUA